GUGGUGCGGCGCAGGCCGACGAGGCUCUUCAGACCUGCGCAUCUGGCCAAACUCGACAGCUUCCCGGAGCUCCCUGCACGAUGACGCAGACGCUCGACAAAAGGGAGGACCCUCUUAACCUGGGCGGCGGCUGGGCCUCGCCGGCCCCGCUGGGCACCUGGUCUUCCUGCCACCGAAGGCGCAGGGGCGCUCCGAUAAACAAGCGGCGCCACCGCUCUGCUCCUAAGUUCCAGUAUGAGGCCCCCAGGAAACACCCGAAGCAACAGCACGGUCCGGGCCCCUGGUUCCAACCACCGCGACGGCCCCACUGGGACGUGUACUCCAACUGGGGGCCCUGGGGAGGGCCCUGGCGCCCCCCUCCGGAGGGAUUCUGGAGCCCCCCCGGCCGAGUGCAAGUGAUCCGCGCGUACGGGCUGCACCCGCUCUGCCUCUGCUGCUGCUCCUGCUGGCGCGGGCCCUGGAUCCCCGGCCAGGCGAGGCCCCCGGGCAGGAAGAAGCGCUGGGGCCGCAGGGGCCGCGGCCUGCGCCGCCACCCUCGCCGCUCCUUCCCGAAGAGCCCGCCCGUGGACCUGAGCACCCUGCUGCGGCCGGUCAACCUGUACGGGUGGCGGGCCCCCGGCAUGCGGGCGCCGCGGAACACCACCCAGUUCAUCAUGAACCAGAUCUACGAGGACAUGCGGCAGCAAGAGCGGCUGGAGCGCCAGCAGGAGGCGCUGCGCGCGCAGCAGGUCCAGGCGAGCGGCCAGGCCUCCCCGGAAGGCGCCUCCUGGAACGACGCGCCCCCUAGCGGCGGGGAGGACGACACGGAGCUGCCGGAAAUGUACAGCUUUGUGCAGAACCCCUCUCUGGUCUUCACUCCCGAUCAGUCUCCCACCACACGGCGGGGGGAGGAGGAGGACGAGGAGAAAAAUGAGCGAGAGGAGUGUGACGAGGAGGAAUACGACCAGGAGCAGCGUGACGGGAAGGAGGAGGAGAGCGAGGAGGAGGAGGAAGAGGAGGGGGCAGAGGCCGAAGAUGAAGAGGAUGUCCAAGAACCUGACUGCGUGGAGGAGGAGGAGGAGGAGGAGGGGGAGGAAGAGGAAGAGGAGGAAGAGGAGGAAAUGGAAGAGGAGGAGGAAGGGGAGGAAGGAGAGGAGCAGAGAGAGGAAGAGAACGAUUUACCUUUGGAAAUGCCUUUAUCAUUCCUAGUGGGGGCUGAGGAAGAGAGAGAGAACUUUAUCAACUGUGCUUAUUUAAGCCCCAAGCCGAUCAUUCCCCAAAUGCCCCAGGAAGCUCUCCUCAUGUUAGACGACAUUAACUGUUAAGACUCCAGGCAAGGGAUUGAGAAUGGGAUGGAACUGAUUUGAGGCUAAAAUGCAUUAGCAACUUAUUAAAAACUAAUUUAAAAAGUGAGUUCCAUUAAUAAACAUAUCUAUGUAACCCCCUUCUUUGACCAUUAUAAAACGUUUAAAAAUU